UGCACCAGAGACCUUUGUCCUGCAGACUUCGGUCUCUAGUCCGAGUAAACACUUAUUUUGGGAAAUGAGCCAAAGUAACCGACAGUUAUCUCGGAGCAACAUUUUGUCAGUGGGGGAGAAAAUAAAUAGUGACGACGUUGCGAGCGCUUCCAGCAUGGCGCUAAAAGCUGAAGAAAGUCGGGUCUAUUUGACCAAAACCUACCCGGGAAACGGCGUCGGCCGGCUGAAAGAGCCCAACAAUGCAGACGCAAACCUUUUGGGCUGCGGACACGUUGAUCCGCUAGCCAGUGACAUGGAAACACACUGCUGUCAGACAGCUGCUGCUCCUCGGGAGGAGUUGUUAAACGCUGUCUGCCGUGUGGGCGACGCGCGCUCUUUUUCUGCCUGCGCCACAAUCUCAGAAACCGCAAGGGAGCUGUGCAAAGCGGUGUCCGUGUCACUGGGACUCGCCAUGGAGUCCAAUGAGACGAGCGACUUGGACGCAUCUCUGCCCCCGUGCAACGACCAGAUGCGCGGAGAGUAUCUGUACAUGCCUCUGAACUGUCCCGGAGCUCACGGGGCCGUCACCGAGUACAAGUGCCCCGACCGUGAUGACCAGACCGCGCACGGCCAGAAGCAACUGGUGGAAAUAUUCAAAAGUGCCGAGACCGCUGCGCGUCUCCAACACCUCGCUCCUACUCGGAUAUCGGUGCACGAGUUCAACUUCGCACUGUGCGAGGCCGAUGACUUAACUUUGGACGAGGGAGAUCACCUGGACACGGCGGCGCGCGCUGCCUUGUAUCCUUACGCGCCAUCCGCGCCCGGCCGCUUGGCACACUACGACCACAAUGCUGCAGAGCGACAGUGCCGCGUGUACAAGCCCCCCGACGAAGCGACGGACUUCGUCGAAGCCCCGGAGAACAGGUUCAGUGGCUAUCAGCCGGAACAAUACGGCGUCAGAGUGAAAUGCGAGGACGGCGAGUCUGCGGGGGCAUUGUGGGGCAGUAAUUACACCUCUAACGAGAGGUACAACUCUCAGGGUUGGGGCUCGAGGCCGUGCAUGGACGCGCACAGCACGGGGUCCAACCCCGCGUUCAUAUGUAACCCAUACGAGAGGAGCGUCAUGCGUCCGGAGCAGUGGUACCCCGGCGGGAUGCUGAGGCCGCCGCACCCCAACUCUAACUACGUGAAGACGGAAGUCGGCGAGUGGCUGGAUGUCGCCUACAAUGACACCAGGUUCGAGGCCGGCAGAGAGCACAUGUUCCCCAUGGAGUUCUUCUUCCCACCACAAAGGAUGUGCCUGAUUUGUUCCGACGAGGCCUCUGGCUGCCAUUACGGCGCGCUCACCUGUGGCAGCUGUAAGGUUUUCUUCAAAAGGGCCGCAGAAGGCAAACAGAAAUACUUGUGCGCCAGCAAGAACGACUGCACUAUCGAUAAGCUCCGAAGGAAGAACUGCCCAUCUUGUCGGCUAAGGAAGUGUUUUGAAGCUGGCAUGACACUCGGAGCCCGUAAACUGAAGAAGAUUGGACAACAGAAAAACCCUGAAGAGGAACAUCUUAUGAAGGACCCUUCAGAAGUCAUCCAGAAUUUCUCUCCUAAAUCAGGCCUGAACUUCAACUCCCAAAUGGUCUUCCUCAACAUCCUGGAGUCCAUUGAACCCGAGGUGGUGAAUGCAGGGCACGACUACGGCCAACCAGACUCCGCCGCCACUCUGCUCACCAGCCUCAACGAGCUGGGAGAGAGGCAACUGGUCAAAGUGGUCAAAUGGGCAAAAGGAUUGCCAGGUUUCAGAAAUCUCCAUGUGGACGACCAAAUGACGGUAAUCCAACAUUCAUGGAUGGGGGUGAUGGUUUUUGCUCUGGGAUGGAGGUCUUACAAGAACGUCAACGGCAGGAUGCUUUACUUCGCCCCGGAUCUUGUGUUCAAUGAACAUCGGAUGCAAAUUUCCACAAUGUACGAGCACUGCGUACGGAUGAGACAUCUUUCACAGGAGUUCCUGCUGCUGCAGAUCUCCCAGGAAGAGUUCCUCUGCAUGAAGGCCUUGCUCCUCUUCAGCAUUCUUCCAGUUGAGGGUCUGAAGAGUCAGAAGUACUUCGAUGAACUGCGUCUCACCUACAUCAACGAACUCGAUCGCCUCAUUAACUAUCGAAUGGCGACCAAUUGUCCUCAGCGGUUCUACCAGCUCACUCGACUCCUGGACUCGCUCCAGAUGACGGUAAAGAAGCUCCACCAGUUUACAUUCGACCUGUUCGUCCAGGCUCAGUCGCUCCCCACGAAGGUCAGCUUCCCAGAGAUGAUUGGAGAAAUAAUCUCAGUCCAUGUACCAAAGAUGCUGGCAGGUUUGGCUAAACCGAUCUUGUUUCACGAGUAAAUGGAUUUUUAAUUGAUCAAAAAGGAACUCAUCUGCCUCCAUAAACUUUAACAAAGGUACUGUUUACCUACAUCUUCAGUCUAAUAGCUCUUAGCCCUGUCCUGUAAUCAUUAUGUGGUUGCUCAAGUAUUUUUUGUCUGUGUUCCUUUUAGUCAUAAUUGAGAUUGUUUGUUCAAAACUGUUCAAGCUUUUAUCUGAGGCACUGGCCAGGCAUCGCCUGUUGACUGUUCUGCUAGUUCUGAGUGGACGGUUUGUUUUUCAGAUAUUCUACUUUACAUACACAGUAAGUCUGUAAAUCACGAUUACAGCAACCAUUAAGUGGCAGGGUUAAAAACCUAUUUGAGAAGGUGUGCAUGUGACUUUUUAUUACACAUACACAUGACAAGGUAUUCACGAAUACUGGAAAAACAAAGAGACGGCCCAAAGAGGAGAUGAGAAUUGGAUCACAGAAAAAAAACAAAUACUUGUUUCCCAUCAACUUCCCAAAAAUCUGUUUCUCUAAGUGCCGCCUUCAGAUGCACCUCCUAAGUUCCUGCUUGUGAUAUUUAGAAUGGUUAUUACUACUCAAGAGGCAUUUAAGUGCUUAAGUGCCUUAAAAUUAAACAAUGUAUUCCAACUGUAAAACCCAAACUUGAUGCGCUACGUCAUCAUUGUUUACAGUGAACCUACACGAUUAGAUUGUCCUGCUGUGUGAAUGUCCAGUAGUUUUGGUGCUUCAGGUCGUUACGGAUAAAGUCUAGUGUCUGGACAUAUGCUGUCUUAAUUCGAAACUAAGUGAAGCCAAGUAGAGUAUUGGUUACUUAUAAGGAAAUCCAACUUUGAAAUGAUAAUAACAUCAUUGUUACUACCUCUUGGGCUCACAUCUCACAAGUUAUUUUACUGAAUAUUUAGCUGAAGUAGUUCUGACCGGCAUCAAAGGCAGCUGCACUAUAUUUGUUUUUAUCUGACUGUAAAAAAUAUGUAUGCAAAACUGUGUUUAUCCAGUAUUCACUUAUUCAAAGACUUAUUUACUUUGCCUUCGUGAAGCACUGUGAACAGAAGACGGGUGAUUUCGGGCUGUGGGACCCGAACCACCAAAACGUCCCAUUGUGUAGUUUUAAAGGGAAGAUUCACAACCUUAAAUCACGGUUGAUGGUGAAUGUCCUUGAUUAAUUAAGAUCAUGCAUUUCCCCCACUGGGUGCCGUGCUGUUGACGGAGAACGCCGAGUUCACAGCUGCAACAUCUCUCGUUCUUCCUGCACCCAGUGGCGUCGUUUGGCGUGAGAGGUGACGUAGUUGGAAGCGAGAAAGCGCCGCUGGCUGCUCGAGCCUGGAUCUGUAGUCUCUGCCUCUGGGCCACGGCCAUGAGGUGUGCUCUAGACGCUGCUACAAAACACAACUCCCUAAAUGUGUUAUGAGUUCCAUUGUGUAAAUAAAGUGAACCAAAAGAAAGAACAAAGAACUUACUUGUUCUCUUCGCUUGCAUUGCAACAGUGUAAAUGGCAUCCAAAAUUAAGAGCGCAUGAUGGAUGACGAUACAUUUGUCAGUGCAUCGACUGACUGGGAUAUUAGGGCCAUAUUUAUUUCAGCCUUAUUUGAGCAUAUGGCGGAGAGAGGUCGAGGCUGCGGCUGCAUUAGCUGUGCAGGAGAUUAUGACAGGCAGGGAUCCUGCUCACUUGCAAUGCAUUCUGGUACCUGUAGGCACUGCCAGCACGGCUCGGCGAGCAGGGGAACUUUGCUUUCUCGAUAACAGCCCGAGCGAAUGGUCAAUGAACCACAUGCACCAUCAACACUGCAUUGGAGAUCCAUAUAAAAGGUGGUCCACUUUCUCUACAAGCAUAACGCAUAUUUCACCUUGUCAUCGCGAUUUGCUCUUGUCUACUUCUGACAUAUAAUAUCAUGCAUGAUCUGUACAAUCCUUAAAAAAUACAGCGUAAUGAAACAUUUCAGCCGUACGACGGCCCUGAAAGAAAAAACCUGACUUCUAGAAUGUUGAACUCAGCCUUCUCACAUCACAUUGGCAGCAAAUGUGUAUAGCUGUUUUCUUUAUGUUACUAAUUUUAAAGCCUCGUCUUAAAAAUAUAUGGUAGGUAAACUUGUCAAAGAAGGUACUUGGCGUGAGGGAAAUUGUAGAAAAUCGGACUGUUAGUUUAAGAUGUUUGGGUACUUUAUUUCUCCACUGCACAGCUCCACAACUAUCGAUAAUAGAGUAUUUCUAGUGAAACUUUAAAGAAGUUGCCAAAGAUAUCAUAUCUUUUUUUUCUUCUGCAUGCCAAAGUACGUCUGUAUAGAUAUUUAGAAAGUAUCAAACCCCAUAGUUUGCUGCAGCCGGGACUGGGAGACUUGUAGGGACACCAGACGAGAGCAUGGCACCAAAUACAGGCAAACGCUGUGUGAGAAGGUGGAUGAUUCAAAUAGCCAGCGAUCUCAGAUUAGAGCGGUCAUAUUCCAACGGGACAACAAAUGAAAAUUUACUACCAAAUUAAAACUGGGAGGACUUCAGAUGUAAAAGGUUAAAGUCCUUGAUCUGUUCUGCCAAACGUCAGAGAUGAAAACCAAGAAAGAAAUCUGAAGAAUGCCUUGAAGAUAACUGAUCAGUCACUUUUCUAAAACUGUUGUAAAGCAAUGGAGUCAAAUACAAUAAUCAGUUUUUUGUCAGAAACAUAAACCAAGGCACUUUGUACAUACUCCUCGGUCUAAGUGAUGCAGGGCGUACACAUCACUGAAAUGGUGUCUUUCAGUCAUUGAAUUAGAAGUGUAGCACACUCACAGUCCAACGCAAACAACACUUUAAAUCUGCUUCUGUGCUACAUUCUGCAGCAAGUUUCAUAACUCUGUGAAGUCAACACUUUUUAACAAUUCCACAUUUCCCCCACACGUUCGUAGAUGCAUGCUUCAUGUGAGUGUUUAGAUGUAGGCAUCGUGUUUCGCUUUACACAAAGCAAUGCAUGGACUUCCAUGUAGAACUCCAAGUACCUGUCUUUUCGUAUGCUGACCGACGGCGUCAGCGUUGUUCAAUGCAUGGGACAUCUGUCAGAAGGCAUAAUGCCAUUUUGUUGUCGGGUGCAAAGUGAUGAGUUGACUAUAACAGUCAUUUCCAGUGUUUUGUAACUGAUUCAUUCAUAAACUUCGGUUUAGAGUACUUUACUUGACUUACAAUGAAUGUCUUCGUCUCGUCUUUUAUACGAUCUUUGCUAUGUGAACAGGAAUGGGGGAGAACAUGGAAACCAGUAGCUGUAGACACGUUCAGGUGAUCCAUGAGACUCGAUCCCACCGCAACAGCUGAUUAUAGUCCCGACACUUGAAUCAACGUGGCUGCUGUCAUUUGAGAAUGCAGCCGUUCAGUGGGAAGUUAAAACGACACAGAGGCUUCAUCAAAAGAUAAUAAGGUUAUGACUAAGGCAGUAAAAUGAUUCGAAGUAUCUGUAUUUUAUCAAGCACAUAAUGCACUACAUUGUAAGAAUGAUGUUGCAGCAACUCUUUAUCCUUUAAAUUAACGCUGGUUCUAAAGAAUGUUGUGUUUUUUUUAAUGCUGUUUUUACUUUUAUUAUACAUUACACGUGGGGAUUUUGAAGGCACUUUCAGUGCCGGUGAGUCAUGCACUUCAAUGAGCCACCUCGCUGCACUGUAUAUUUUUUAAUACUAAUAUGAUUUAAUCACAGUAGACUAGUGUCUGUAUUAUGUCAAUUGACAAAAGCUGGUAUGUGCCCAAUGUACUGCAUUUUAACCUGAUUCUUUGUAAAUGCUACAGUAACUGUAUAUAUUGAUUCGUUUAAUGUCUGUUUUGGUGCCCCAACAAUUGACUGAUUUUUAACUUUUGUGACUUGGAUAUUUGUGUUUUUCCAAUGUGUAAAGCUGCAUCAUCUUUUAAAGGCAAUUAAAACAAUUCUGACUCUU